AUCUCUGAACGUGGUGUGUUAUUUGAUCGUAAACGGAAUAUCAAUCGAGCUUUAUUUGCGCGUUUGUUAUCAACUACGGGCGGUGGUUGGUCAAAUAUUCUAAAUCGAUGCACCGGAACCGGUGACCAUAGCUGCGCAUCCACGUCCUGUGAUAGGCUAUACGCUUUUGCAGCGGCAGGCUUCUUUAAGCAAUGAUGAGACGCAGUUUUGUUGCUUGGCGUUUCUGAUGUCACGGUUACGCCGAACCUAAAGCUAGCAUGUUUAAGAUGUCCGUUGCGUUUGGAAUGUUGUGGAAUACGGCACUUGAAUGAGUUUGUUGAAGAGCUAAGUUUAUUUGCCUGUAUGUCCAUUUUCCAUUGCCGGAAAACAACAAUCCCACCUAAGAGCUAAUUCUCCUAUCGAGUGUCCUCUUAUGUAAUGGAAGUGCCGAGGUGGCGCGGGACCGAUUUAUGAGGCGGGCCGGGGGCAGCUAUGGAGGAGGCUGCCAGCCAGCUGGAGAGAGACCACGUGCACAGCGUGUACGAGAAGAUCGCGCCCUACUUCAACGACAGCCGCUACAGGGCCUGGCCCAAGGUGCGACAGUUCCUGCUGGACCAGGAGCCUGGGAGCGUUGUUGCGGACGUGGGCUGUGGCAAUGGCAAAUACCUGGACAUCAACGAGGACGUGUUCAAGCUGGGCUGCGACGUCUGCCGCCCCCUGGUGGACACCGCCCGCGCCCGGGGCUACGAGGUGCAGGUGUGCGACGGGCUGCGGCUGCCGUACAGGCGCGGCUGCUUCGACGCCGUGCUGUCCAUCGCAGUCAUUCACCACUUGUCCACCAAAGAGCGGAGGAUCCGGGCGCUGAGGGAGAUGGCUCGCGUCCUCCGCGUGGGCGGCCGCCUCAUGGUCUACGUCUGGGCCAUGGAGCAGAAGAGGCGCAAGUUUGAGAAGCAGGACGUCUUCAUCCCGUGGAACCCCAACCCGCCGGCGUCCCCCGCCAGCGGCCGGCGGUGGGGCAGCGGCGGCGGCGGCAGCGAUGCCGACGACGGCGACAAGCACAGGAAGGCGAAGAGCACGUCGUCCAUGGCGGACGAGGACGAGGACCCGGCCCGCGCCAAGGACCCGCGCUCCCCCAAGGACCAGCGGUGGUUCUUCUCCCGCUCCCUGGACUCGGUGCUGGAUUUCGGGAGCCUGGCCACGCCCAAACACCCCGCCAGGGAGCUGAACUCGUCCUGCGCUCAGAUGGGGGAGGUGGGCGGGCUCAAGGCGUACCGGCGUGCCCGGGGGGUGGGGCUUAUCAGGCAGUUCUCCAGCAUCUUCUCCUCCUCCUCCAUCACCAGCUCGGAGGAGGACGUCUUCGGCUCGGCGCUCGACCUCGGGGGGGGAGGCGGGCGGGAGAGGAGCGACGGGAGGCCGGCGGGCGACAAGCAGGCCGUUUUCGGGGCCAUCGUCGGCGGGUGCAGCUCCGUGCCCCUGCCCGACCUGGUCACGCACCAGCGGGAGAGCCCCGAGGGAACGGGCCGGGGCGAGGCGGACGGGGAGCCCCGGGGGGAGUCCCAGGGGGCGCCCCCGCAGCGGCAGGCCAGCUCAGAGAGCAUCCGGGACGGGCGGGUGAACCGGUGGGGCGGGGAGAAGCCGGCGGACCACUGCCUGAGGUACUACCACGUUUUCAGGGAAGGCGAGCUCCUGGAACUGAUCCAGAACCACGUGGAGGAGCUCCACGUGCUGCAGAGCUGCCUCGACCACUCCAACUGGUGCGUGGUGGCCGAGAAGGUCCAAGUCCGGAAGAUCUGAGCCCACAGUAUUCAUUUUAAAUUAACUGAUUUUAAAUUAACAUUUACGAUUUCGCCUAGGAUUUUAACGGUAAUUUUAAAAAUCAAGUUACACGAUCAAGCUGCCUUUGAAGGCAGAGGUGGAAAAUCCAGGUUCAGAAAGAAGAAGCCCUCCCCAGCAUUUGGGUCCAAUCACCUGGAUCUGCUAAUUGGCACAAUUCUUCCGCCAAGAGGUAGAACUCAUUAGGGAAAUCUGCUGGCUGAGUUCAUGGGUGGAAGAAGCACAUGGCAGGACUUUUACUUUCUGACCCCUGGGCUUUCCACUUCUGUCUGAAGGUAUCUGUUACUGUCACAAGUACUGUCCUUAGUAGUCAUUACUUUGGCAAUUUUUAACUAAUGCAUUUUAUUGUAGGUUUCUGGUUUUUAAUUCCCUGGAUUAGAUAUAGCCUUUUCUUAAGAGCGUGUAAUGAUGUCACUUUACAAUUGGCGAUUUUAAAUUACAUUUGUAAUGAGUCCCCAUGUACAUUUUUACUUUUAAUUCGAUUUUGCUUUUAGCCAAAGAGAACCAAUCCACAUGGUCACGGACCAUCAUCCUCUUCGGCACAAUAGUGUCACUCAUCAACAGCCUCUUAAGCACCAUAGAGUAAAAUGUUGCAGACCGUCAUCCUCUUAAGCACCAUAGAGUAAAAUGUUGCAGACCGUCAUCCUCUUAAGCACUAUAGAGUACAGUGUCACCGUCCAUUAUCCUCUUAGAUAUCCUAGAGUAGAGUGUCACUGAUGAUCAUCCUCUUAGGCACCAUAGAGUGUCACUGAUCAGCAUCCUCUUAGGCACCAUAGAGUAGAGUGUCCCUAAUCAACAUUGUCUUAGGCACUAUAGAGUUAGAGCCAAAUGUGUUGCUGAUGUAGAACAGUGUUUUUGUCAUAUGCAACUGCUGCCCACAAUCUGAAAACAUCAAAAAGUUGCACAUAAUUGCUCCAUGCUAAGCAAUACGAGCAAUUCAAAAAGCAAUUGCUUCUAAAAUAUAUGAAUAUAUAUUUGAGAGAAAUGUCAAUAUUCCGUGUGUGACUUGGUGUUUUGUGUUUCAUUCCGAUACGACGUGUGUAAAUACAGUGUGUGUUUUCGAAUCGGUGGCAACGUCACCUUUCAGAAGAACCGGGUGGUCUGUCGGGCGUGGCACUGCUAGUGAAUCCUCAGAAGUUUGCACAUCGAAUCUUCACUCCAAAAACUUGAAUACUUUCAUCUGUGCUGCUUACACUUCCUACAGAUGUGAAAUCAGUGUUGGUAUGAAAGCCGUUGUAACCUCUGAGUUGCGUUUGUGUGUAGAACUGGUUUACCAUGAGACCCACUUGUGGUUUUUAGCUUUUUUUUUUGUUUUGUUUUGUUUUAGUAUUGGCAGGGACAAUGUGCUCAAAUACUGUCCCUGUUUUACCUUUUUAAUCUGCUUUUAUUUAUUUUGUUUUUUGUCUGUUAAGCACUAAAUUAAAUAAAUACAUUUUGUUGUUGGAAAGGUAGUGCACUGAUGUGUGGCUGAAUUAGUUUGUGGAUUAGAUGCUGAAUAAAUCUAAUGGUAUCAGUGUCAUAAAA